UGCUUCCAUGUCGUUGCCAUCAGAAUCUCGAAUCCCUAAUUACCGAAAAAAAGAAUAUCGAAUCACUACCCAAGCGCCACCUUCUUCGACGGCUGCAUCAAAAUUGAGCUUGUAGCCAAUAAUGCCCCUUUGGUUGCCUUCGUUACCGGCGGAUGUAUCGGUAUCCGCUAUCCUGUCCAGCGUGGCCGCCGCCACGGUCACUGCCGCAUCCUUCUUCUCAAUCUACAAGUCUCACCUCCGCCCGCACAAAGAGAAUCUCAUAACACUCCAUCAAGAGCAACCCAAACGCAAUCCUCGUGGCAAGAUCCUGUUCGUUUCGCGAAUCGGAUUUUCAACUGCAGAAGCCCUAGCGAAGCGCCUCUGCAAUUUGUUAGAGUCGAAAGGCCUCGUUUUGGAGGUCGUAGAUGCUCGGACUUACGAUCCCGAAGACCUACCCAAGGAGAACCUCAUCCUCCUCCUUCAUUCAACUUCGUCUUUUUGGAACCUACCUAUCGGACCGUUCUCCGACAAUACCCAAGGAGCAAAGGUCUUCGCCAGUUGGCUCGUGCAUAACGCGGAGAGCUUUGGGAUCGGAGCGGUUGUUGUGAAGGCUUGCAAUUUCACUGCAUUUGUGGUGGGCAAAAGGGAUGGUAAGAAUUUGAUGGCUAAGGCCGCCAAUCAUUUUAGGGAUUUGGAUCAUGUUCGACACGAUUCUGAUUUUAAAGAGUGGUUGGGAAGUGUUGUUGCGACGGUUUCGGGAGAUACAGUUGCUAAUGGCAGGGAAUCUGAACCUGAGGAUGAUGUUGGUUGUUCUGAUCCAAAAAGCAUAUAUAUGUUGGUGGAAAAUGUGGAUGUAGUAGAUAGAAAAAGAACCUUCAGGCGCAGAAUGUUAAUUAUCUCUGAGGCCAAUGGAAGUGUUGAUCUUGAAGAUGGAGGUCCUGUAACUGCCCAAUGGCCUCUUGCAGAUGAUCUAACAAUCGAUUUCAAAUUACCAAAUCUUCAAGGAUUUUGUUCCCUUGGUGGCAACUUGUUCACUGCUGGUGGUAUCAUGUGUAAUAAUGGACCAAAAUUUGAAUUUGAGCUGGAAUGGCAACAUUUUUUCCUGCAAAAAUGUGGUGCCUCAAGUACGAAGGUUCUACUUGGAUUUGGAGUUUAUGCGGAAGCAUGUUCUACUACCGGAUGA